CGCUCCUAAAAUUUUGUUUCAUCGCCGACUACGACAGUGACGACGAAGACGGUUUCCGGCGGUGUCAGUUCGCGCUUACGAUGUUGCUGAGCAGGUGGCUGGGACGACCAUGCUCGUACCGGUCCUCUCGGCUUGCGACCGUGUUUUCUUCGACUCUCUCUAACCGGUGGGCAUCGACGGCUACGGCGCUGAAGGAGGAUGUCGCUGAGGAGCCAGCUGCGUCAGAGCCACCCAAGCACGUACUCACGGAGCAGGACAUGAAACGGCUGAAUUUCCAGCGAAACAUAGGGGUGUCGGCACAUAUCGACUCGGGAAAGACUACGCUGACGGAGCGAAUCCUUUUUUAUACUGGGCGUAUUGGGGAUAUUCAUGAGGUUCGAGGGCGCGACAAUGUUGGAGCCAAGAUGGACAGUAUGGAUUUGGAACGGGAGAAGGGCAUUACCAUUCAAAGUGCUGCCACCUUCUGCGACUGGGAAACUACGAAUCCUUUCAGCAAGGAAAAGGAAAAGUAUGCUAUCAACAUCAUCGAUACUCCAGGACAUGUGGAUUUCACGAUUGAAGUAGAGCGUGCCCUGCGGGUCCUCGAUGGCGCUAUCUUGGUUUUAUGUGCUGUUGCCGGCGUACAGAGUCAAACCACAACAGUAGAUCGGCAAAUGCGACGGUAUAACGUUCCCCGGAUAUCUUUUAUCAACAAGAUGGACAGGCCUGGUGCUAAUCCAUGGAGGAUUGUGAACCAGAUCAGGACAAAGCUUCGGAUGCCUGCUGCAGCCGUGCAGAUUCCUAUAGGCGUUGAAGACGAAUUCAAGGGUGUCGUGGAUUUAGUGAACUGGAGGUCCAUUUAUAAUGAUGGCUACAAGGGAAUUGAAGUCAUCGUCAAGGACGAAAUUCCGCCGGACCUGCUGGACCUUGCGAAGGAAAAACGAGUGGAACUGAUCGAACAACUGGCGGAGGUUGAUGAGGAGAUUGGUGACCUUCUCCUCAUCGACGAGGAACCAACCAACCAACAGCUCAAUGAUGCCAUCCGUCGCGCGACGCUCGGACUCAAGUUCUCUCCCGUCUUUUUAGGCUCAGCUAUCAAGAACACCGCCGUCCAGCCCCUCCUUGACGGUGUUUGCGCGUAUCUGCCCAAUCCAUCAGAAGCAGAGAUUGUCGCGCACGACACCACCAAACCCGUAUCGGCACCGCCUGUUCCCCUUUACCCAGCCGCUAACGCGCCUCUCGUUGGCCUCGCGUUCAAGCUAGAAGAGGGCAGAUUCGGUCAGCUCACGUACAUGCGGGUGUACCAGGGUACUCUGAAGAAGGCCAACGUGAUCUUCAAUGCACGGACUGACAAGAAAGUCAAGGUCCCCCGACUGGUGCGCAUGCACAGUAACGAAAUGGAAGACAUCGAAUCCAUCGGCCCCGGCGAAAUUUGCGCCAUUUUUGGUGUCGAGUGUUCUUCUGGGGAUACAUUCACGGACGGUUCCACCAGCUUCUCUAUGACUUCAAUGUUCGUUCCGGAACCCGUCAUAUCGCUCGCUCUUAAACUGAACGGCAAGGAAACACCCAAUUUUGCCCGUGCGCUGAACCGCUUCAAGAAAGAAGAUCCAACUUUCAGAGUGCAUCUAGAUCAAGAGAGCAAAGAGACCAUCAUCUCCGGAAUGGGUGAGCUCCAUCUUGAGAUCUAUGUCGAGCGAAUGCGACGAGAGUACAAUGUCGAUUGCACCACCGGCAAGCCUCAAGUAGCGUUCCGGGAGACCGUCACGAAACGAUCGCCCUUCAACUUCACGCACAAGAAGCAAACUGGCGGUUCUGGACAGUUCGCUCGAGUCAUCGGCUACAUUGAGCCUAUGGAACCGGACCCAGAGACGGGCGUCGAUGUCGAAUUCGUGAACCAAGUCAUGGGUGGAAACAUUCCGUCCAACUUCAUACCUGGUGUUGAAAGAGGUUUCCAUGUCGCGCUGGAGAAAGGCACGCUGUCUGGUAACCCCAUCUCUGGUGUCCGGAUGGUUCUGCAGGAUGGUGCUUUCCACGCUGUCGAUUCCUCGGAGCUGGCUUUCAGACUGGCAACCGUCGGAGCGUUCAGGGAGGCGUACCAUCCUGCCAAACCUGUCGUCCUCGAGCCUAUCAUGAACGUUGAAGUCGUCUCUCCAGCCGAGUUCCAAAGUACGGUCAUUGGUGGCAUCAAUACCCGUCGCGGAACUAUUGUUGACAGUGAAAUUCGCGAUGACGAAUUCUCAUGUUCGGCGGAAGUGGCUUUGAACGACAUGUUCGGGUAUUCAAACCAGUUGCGCGGUUCGACGCAGGGCAAGGGUGAGUUCAGCAUGGAGUACAAGAACCAUAUGCCUGUGAUCCCACCACUGCAAAAACAGCUUGAGGAAGAGUACAAGAAGUCGAUACCUGCAGCUAAAAAGUAGAUGCUCGAGCUUAUUAGAGUACUAACACUAUUUUACUAACCUAAUUUAUAUGAUUCACGGAUCCCCUCUCAGCGUUUGUUCAAAGGAUUUUUUAUUGGGCGCUUGACUGAUCAACAUGUCCUACGAGCUUCACUUGCAAGGAUACCUGUUGGACCGGGCCCUCGGCACGUGCUAGCUUCUUGUUGGUGUCCUAAAAUGGAGAAACAGGGUCACUGUCCGACUAUCACUUUCAAUGGAGUUUUUACAAGUUAUGGCCCAGCG